AUUUGUUACCGGACCACCGGAAGCGGAAUUGCGCAAUCGCAGUAACAGUCGAAGUUUAUGGUGGCAACGUUUUCGAGUUCCUUUUGUUUAAUACGAGCUUUUGAGAAGACACAGAUGUCACUUUGGCUUCUAAACUAUUAAAUUAGUUGAUUAUUUUCAGGAUGACCAAAGAGAAGAGACACAGAAGGAGGGAGUCUCCGGAGCGGGAGUCCAAAGUGAAGAUAAAGCAGGAGAAACAGAGCCCGGUUAGGCCACAGACAUCUCGACGCUCUCGGUCUGGAUCCAACAGCAACUCAAGUCCACAGAGGAGAAGAACGAGCAGGUCACCCGUUAGAACGAGGGACCGCUCCCCGGGUAGAAGACAGGCAUCUCCCCCAAGACGAGGCAGCAGAUCCCCCAGAAACAGGAGAAGCCCUCAUCGCGGUGCUGAUGUGAAAAUAAAGAGGGAGCGUGAGGAGCCUGGGGUGAGCGGUGAUGAUCGGAGGAGAAGAAACAACCCGCCAGAAGAGAGGAGGAGCAGAUGGGAAACAGACAGACCGCGCGAUAGAGACGGAGACCGCAGCCGAGACAGCAGCAGAGACAGAGACCGCAGCAGAGACAGACCCAGAGAACGAGACGCCCUUGCCUCCCAACAAGCAGAGAGACAGCAGCACGACGAGCGGCGCCGGGAAAACCGUCAGCGGCGUGAGGAAAACCAAGAGCAGGAUUUCGGUCAGUCAGAAGAUGGAAGCGAUGCAGCAGAGGGUCCUCCUGUUGACAAAGAGAAGCCCAACUUUGGACUCUCAGGGGCGCUGACAGAAGAUACAAACACAUUCCGGGGGGUCGUGAUCAAGUACAACGAGCCGCCUGAGGCUCGCAUUCCCAAGCGGCGGUGGCGAUUGUACCCUUUCAAGAACGACGAAACCCUCCCAGUCAUGUACAUCCACAGACAGAGUGCCUACUUGUUGGGGCGGCAGAGGAAAAUCGCUGAUAUCCCAAUCGAUCACCCAUCCUGCUCCAAGCAGCACGCAGUAUUCCAGUACAGGCUAGUGGAUUUCACCAGAGCAGACGGAACCUCUGGUCGCAGGGUCCGGCCUUACAUCAUCGACCUCGGCUCUGGCAACGGCACCUACCUGAACAACCAGCGCAUCGAAUCCCAGCGUUACUACGAGCUCAAAGAAAAGGACGUUAUCAAGUUUGGCUUCAGCAGCCGCGAGUACGUCCUUCUGCACGAGUUCUCCGAUACAGCCGAGGUCGACGCAAAACGCGAUGAGGAGGAGGAGGAAGACGAGGGUCUUGAUGAGUGAAUAAUCCCCACAAACUGUAUUACCUGAGAAUCAUUCAAGUGAGAGAACCUCACGUCAACAUUUAUCCAAGUUGUUUCUGCAGGGAACGGAACAAUUCAUUGAUGGUUGACUUCAUUGAACCAUCAACACACGGCCGGUUUGUAUAUUAUGUAAUUACCAAACGAUUGCUUAAACCUGCCACAACUGUCUCAAAGAAGACUUCCUAUUCUCAGGUUGUUUUUGUAAUGUCAGAGUGACGCACGACAGAUCUCCCAUUUGACAGUGCUCACAUUAUUAAGUGCUUGGUGCCAGAUAGAGAUAUCUUGCCAAGUCAGAUAGUUAAUUAUAUUUUUGGAUUACAGCACUGAGUGCAAAGAUUAGCUGAAGACCCAUCUCAUGUCUCUAUCUAUGGGCUAUAUAUGUCAAGUGUACAUGAUACAUUGAAUGUGAAUUCUAGACUCGUGUUACGUGUUGGUUAUUUUCAGAGUUAAAUAUUUCACACAACUUGUAAUGACAUUGCCUUUUUUUUUUUUUGCUUUGUAGUGCAGAGAAAAAAAAGUUGAUGCUCUUGUGUGUUUCAGGACUUCCCCUUUUUAUUUUUGAGGCCCAUUUAUAGUCAAAUUUCAUUUAUGUACUGUAAAUAAAGACGUUGAAAGUUUG